AUGUCGAACGAGGCUGGCGAAGUUCCUUUUCCCUCGGAGCGCCCCUACCGUUCCCACCUCCGGCCGGCAUGUUUGGCCUGUCGGAAGCGCAAGUCCCGGUGUAACGUGGAUCGCACCGGCACGAGUUGUCUUACAUGUCGUGCCCACGGCACAUCCUGCGAGUUUCCCCCAGCUCCAGCCACCGGGACCUCGCCGCGGCCGAAGAGCGCAUGGAGGACCGCUCAAGCCCGCAAGUCGAGCGACCUGGGCCACCGCGCCUUGUCUCCUCCGCCACAGACGACGUUUUCCUCGGAGACCACUCUUGUCUCUCAGCUCAGCACACUGCCGUUGCCGACUGUACCGCCUCCGGCUCCAGGUGUAUCACGGUCGCCGGACGGUGCUUUGGCUCCGAGCUCCCCGCGUGAUCGACACUACGUGGAGCCCAUCGCCGGGGGCGGCGAGGAUGAGGCACACAUUGUCGGACCGGCGGAUAUCGAGGACACUCAGAUCCUGUCAACGUACCUUUCCAAUGAUUCAUCUGUACUCAAUCGAGGCAUUCGAACGAGGAUAUCCGGCACGAGCCCACGUCAAGAACCUGGCGGCAGCGGUCGCAAGCCUGUCGUCUUCACCACUGUUCGAAAGCAACCUCUUGGCGUCCCGAAUGACCGGACGCCUGCUUUCUUGAAAUGCCAAGUCAUUGAAAAGCUCUUGGAGCCCCUGCUGCCAGAUGUGAUUGAGUUAUUCUUUGAGAAGCCCAAUAGAUGCUUCCCCUUGCUAGACAGACGGUCAUUCGAGAAGCGCUACGCUGAGGACAGGAAUCAUAUCGCCCCGGCUCUCCUAUCGUGUCUGUAUGCUCACACAAUGACAUACUGGGCCCAGUCGCCGACUCUCAUCGAACACCACCGCCCCGACACCAGGUUCAUCUGGAAUCAAGCCAACGACGCCCUUUACUCCGAGAUCCAUCUGUCACCCGGCAUCUCAACACUUCUCAGCAUUCUCCUCAAUAUCUCUGGAAGACCUUUGACCUCAAUCAUAGGCAAUGGCCUACAAUUGGGAUCAGCCAUUUCCUUGGCCCACUCACUCGGCUUGAACCGAGACCCGUCCGACUGGGACAUUCCUGAAUCAGAGAAGCUGUUACGGACAAAGAUUUGGUGGGCCAUCUUUGUGUACGACAAGUGGUCGAGUCUUGCGUACGGCACACCCCCACAGCUCCGAAGUGGUCAACAUGAUGUAUCUCUCCCGACAGUGGACCAGCUCUGUGGACCAGCUGCCAGCACCCUCGAUCUCAACGCCGCUUCGGUUUACCUCGCCUUCGUUUCUCUGGCACAGUUCCUCGACAAAUACCUAGAGCGCAUAUACGAUCUCGAAAAGACAUUUACCAGUGGCCCAUGGGAUCUCGAGGUCCUGUUGACAAAGUGGGAAGACUCUCUCGACAACCCUCUGCGGAGACGAAUUAUCCGUGGCGGCGACAGCCUUGACAUGCCCGGGUCAGCCAACCUCCGUCUCGCAUACCUCUAUAUCAAGCUCCUCCUCCGAAAAUGGGAGCUCGACGCAGAGAAAGCCGCCAACGCUGACCACACCUCCUCGAUACCGAUGCGCUGCUACCUCGAAGUCCGUCGCGCGGCCGAAGAGAUUGUGCUCUUGGUUCAGGAGUUGAAGGAGCCGCAGCUGGGUGAUUACUGGCUUCCGCUGAUGACGUUCGCCUUCACGUCGACGACAAAGUUCCUGCUUCGCUGCGCGCUCGAGACAGAGAACACCGUCAGCGGUCUGGCCCAAAGCAUGUCCUUGAAGCUGGCGCGCGACCUGAUGUCCGCGCUGCAGACGCACCGACAAAGGGCCUGGGAUCUCGGCGAUCUUUGCAUCGCGCAGUACUCUGAGGUUAUCGAGAAGCUUGCUUCAUCGACUGCGACCGCGAGCAUUGCUGAGCAGCCCGUCGACAUGCCUGAGCUUCAGGAGUUCGUGUCCACGAGUGUUCCGGAUAUUGACGAGUUGUUUCCGAGUUUGUGGGACAUGUUCAGCACUGCGUGA